UGCCAGCGGAGUGAACCCACUCUCUCUCUCUCUUUCGUCCGGUCUCCGCCGCCGCCACCACCACCACUACCACCACCACCACCACUUCUCGCUCAACCCGUGCUAACUUGCCCCUUCCCUAACACACACGCCCAUACUUUACCUACAGUGAAGGAAAUGUUAUCCAGCUACUUAUUGACCGGGAAAUAAGUAAAAAGUGAACCUGUAGUGAGCUUGGAAGUGAUGACCUGAUCUUUAAGUUCUGUUAAGUGCGACAGCGGCGGGAGUUCCAAGUUCGACCUAAGUUUGGGUUAAGAGGCUUUGGUUUGCCGGUGCUGCUGCUGCGAGGGAGCCUCCGUCACCGAGGGAGCCUCAGGCCUCACCUCAGCCAGACUUGAUCACGUGACUCAUGAUGACGACGCGCACGGCUGCCAACACUCCCGAAGACACCCCCGUUCUCUGCAGAAGGUGACGCGUGACUGCACACCUGCUGGCUCUGCCCUUGCUUCCCCACCACACCUGCCUCUCUAGCCACCAAGAGAAAGCCAAUCUGAAAAACUAACAGUGGAAUCUUCACGGGACAAACAGAGAAGGAAAUGAAGCAGAUACUCUCGAGGCAAAGCAAGGUAUCCCCAGCAAUUCAAUACUGAUGCAACUGAUGCAGAACUAGUGGUUCAGGAGAGCUCGGCAAAUGAAGCAAAACGAGUCAUUGAGAAUCCAAGCUAGUGAGGUCGAACGAGUGAAUCGGAAAGACGCGAAAUGAAGCAGAAAUAGCAUAUUAGAACUUCUUGUCUAUAAUUUCAACAAUUGAUGUGAAAAGUGUCAAAUAUAUGAAUACUUAUUAACUCUGAACUGUUUGGUACGUUCAUAAAUUUGACGUUUAGUAAUAGAAUUUAUCUUCGUGUGUCUCUAUACGGGAGAGAAUAUCUGUGAGAAUUUAUCAAUUAAAAACUUUCUGAAUUUCGAAAAAAAAAAAAUAUAUAAAGACCAAACUGUGAAAGGACUGACCUUAGAAAAAAAAAAAAGCGAGAGAGAAAGACAAAAAUAAAGAAACGAAACACAAGAAUAAAAGUGUGAAAGGGAAACACAAGAAGACAAGUGCGACACGGAAACUGACAAAGAAAGAAAGAAACAAAGAAAGACAACGAAUGGACUGAAUCAACACUAUAAAUAAACAAGGAAAAAAAACACAUCUCACAUAUCACACACACACACACACACACACACACACACACACACACACACACACACACACACACACACACACACACACACACAUACACACACAUACACAGAGCGAAGAAGAGAAGGACGGAAAAAAUGGCAACGUUGGGACAAUCUAUUCUACGUCGUAUAUGCCUUUUAAGUGUGCUGGCCUGCUCCGCCUCAGACCAAGAAGGAGCGCAAUGGACCAACACAAACCAGCUGGAACUCGGCGGACAGGCGCGCGCAAAGGCAGACGGCGACAGAUUCGUGACUCAAAACAACAGCAUCGUGACAGCACAAGUGGGAGCGUCCGUCAUUCUUCACUGCAAGACAUCAAGUGCGACUGGUGGACUGGUGUCAUGGAUCAGGAAGAGGGACUACCAGCUCCUGACGGUGGGUCUGCACACACACUCCAGUGACGACCGCUUCUCCAUCAACUACGUCCAUUGGGACUGGCAGCUCCACAUUCGGUACGUGCAGCCGAGAGACGCAGGGCUGUAUGAGUGUCAAGUCUCCUCCCACCCGCCCACCUCGCUCUUCGUCAGGCUCAAAGUCGUGGAAGCUGAGGCGGAGAUCCUGGGAGCACCAGAGAAACAUGUGAAGCUGGGUUCGAUCCUACGUCUAGUCUGCAUCAUGCACCACACCACCGAGGCGCUCUCCUACGUGUUCUGGUACCGAGGCAACGAGAUGAUCAACUACGAGUCAGAGGAAGGCACAGGGAGCGUGGUGGUGGAGAGUGACGACCACACCAGCGUACUGAUCGUCGCCAGCGCUACCAGACUGCACUCCGGAAACUAUACGUGCGCGCCAUCGAACACCAAGCCAGCCUCCAUCCUGGUACACGUCCUGAAUGGAGAAUACCCCGCGGCAAUGCAACACGGAGAGUCAUCUUGCCGAGGGUUGGAGCCGCCUUCCCUGGGGUCACUCGUCUCUCUGGCACUCCUGGUCCAAAUUGCUGUGGCUCUCACGGGCGCAAGGGUGCCAUCCAGCAGAGCGGAGGCUGCUGGUUGCAGGAAACAGUCGGCAGUGGGCAAACCAAAUGCUGCCUCGCCAUUGCCUCGGCCAGUGACUUCGCGAUGCUGCAGCGGGCGGGCGGCCACUGGGAGGGAGGACCGAGCGAGACCGUGGGCGGGGACUGCUGCCUGGCGCCCAGAGACCUAUCGUCCCGUCUACCCAGGUGGGGGUCCUCGGAGCGACGCUCCCAGGAUUUGGUGAGGCGUCAGCACACGCACUAUUCCCCAUGGAAGCAUUCUCGUAAGAGUAAGAGCAACUAAGUUGCUCUCUUGUACAGAAAACCUUAUAGGUACACACCCACUCCCAUGCCCACUCAUCAGCCACCUACACACACACACACACACACACACACACACACACACACACACACACACACACACACACACACACUAGUACCUUAGGUUAGGGCAGCAAAAGAAGCUUUAUUUCAGCAGCGAUUUUUUCACAUUGUUGAGGACCAGCAGGGACCGCCGCAGGUGCUCCCUGUGAGGGGCGUCAGGAGGCUUCUGGAGGACAAUACACUUUGAUAAACUUAACUAAAAAAGGAAACCAAAACACGGUGCUCCUCCACUCAAUACAUGGACGUCAUUUUCACGCCACCAAGUGUGUGUGUGUGUGUGUGUGUGUGUGUGUGUGUGUGUGUGUGUGUGUGUGUGUGUGUGUGUGUGUGUGUUUGUGUGUAGACGAGCGCGCGCACGCCUUGUGUAUCUACCACCAAUGGAUGAAACUGCGGCCAAAAUGUGAAAGAAAAAAAGUUUAUAUAUGACGCUCCACUAAGCCGCCUCUCCCCCGCACCUCCCACCCUCCUCCCGCCCGGCGUCUGACGAGCCAGCCAACCAACCAGCCAGCACGUCCUUGCAGUCUGGCCGCCUCCCACACUGAUGGAGUUUCUGACGGUAAAUGCACUUUAGGAAACGUUAACAUAACAUAUAACAGUGAAUUUUGAAACGUGUGGGAUUCGAAGGUCGAAUUUUUGGUGUAAAGGACAUAAAACAGUGUGCAUAAGCAGAAACUUCGUUGAAUGCCCUUCUAUGGCCCUUGUAUGGCCUUCAGACUGCAUCAGCGGCAGUCUUCAAUAAGGCGAAUACUUUGAGGGCCAGUUUUAUUGGCCUUCUUUCAUAAGUGAUUCCAGCUUACAAAGAUAUGACGAUACAGAAGUGAUGCAAGCGAAGUGAAGCAGGGAACUGAGAGGCCACUAUUGAGUAAACUUCUUGCCUUCGGAGAAUCCCAAGCCUUACAAGCUACACCGCUUUCCUCUCCGACAAAUACCCACUUCAGUGCACAGAGAAGAAAGUCUCUCCAUUAUUCUCCCACAAAACAGACACACGCCAGGCACACGUCACCACAGAAGAAAGACACGCCUCCAAACACACGACACAAGACAACACCACCACACGUCACGAAACACAAAUAAACGGUGAAACUCAAGCAAAACCUUAACAUUACUUUCACAACAGCACAACGCACGGACGAACACUAAGACAAACGCACCUCACCAAAACAUACUCGACUUAAAACAAAGACGUAACACCACGGAACACUGAUAAAAGUUCCGUCGCCCAUUCGUAGCUCGCAGACAAGGCAACAUUCACAUUUCUAGGCCGUGAAGAGGACUCACCGAGAAGCGGGGGAGGAGAAAGCCACACUGGGCAGGGAAAAAAAGGCCUCUGGCGUGUGAUAAAUGCUGAUACAUAAAGACGGCGCGUAUCUUUGUACCGAGAGGCAGAAGGAGGCCAGCGGGAGGGCUUAUCAAAUUACAAGCCAGUGAAUGAGUGACUUUAGUGCUGUCUCUCUCUUGUCGUUAUAUUAAUACCGUUUCUCGAGGCUCGGACAAACUCGUUACCUUGUGUAUAUAUGUAAGAUUGUAUCUUAUUGGGUGGCGGACGCGUUCCCUCUUUCAUGAAGAAGGCUGAGAAGGCGUCAUGUCUUGGAUUCGUAUGUUUUAAGUAGCCUGGACAAGAUGACAAGUGAGUUUUUUGUUUUAUUACUAUCAUUAUUAUUAUUACUUUUUCUUAUUUAUCUCCUGUUUCUUCUCGCUCUCCUCCUCCCAUCUUUUCUUACUAAAAGCUUUGCCACUUCUUUCCUCCAUAUUUUCGCGCACGCAGACCAAUAUAAAAUUUUCCAUCUCUCUCUCUCUCUCUCUCUCUCUCUCUCUCUCUCUCUCUCUCUCUCUCUCUCAUAUCCCUUUGAGUGGGUCUGACUUUGACAUCAAGAUGAUCGGUCAUAAUUCAAUGUCUUGUGUUCCCUGUACAUGUCAUUUAAGUGUAAAACGUGAUAACAUGCCUGUGGUUAUUUAUGUACGUCAAUAAAACUAUAUUUUAC